AUGGAAUUCCAACAACAGAAUCCAAAUUCCAUAAGAAAAAGUGGUAAUGUUCAAGUUGAGUCAUCUUCAAUUCAACUCAUAUAUCUUCACCUUCCUUCACCAUCACAACUGCCUCCACAUCACCACACCACCAGAAGUCUCCCUCCUCACCUCUUCCCUUUUCUCAUACCAGCCUUUGAUGCAGCAAAGCCUAAUUUCUCUAAUAUCUUGAGUACCCUUAAACCCAAUUUAGUGAUCUAUGAUUUUUUGCAACCAUGGGCUGCAGCAGCAGCUAAUGAGCAAGAUGUUGAAUCUGUCAUGUUCUUAACCACUGGUGCCGAUGGUAUCUCCUCAGCGGUCCAUUAUUUUAAGAACCCCAACGUGGAACACUCUAUCCAAGAGGCUGAACUCAAAAAAUAUAUUCUCCAAUGGUUUGGUGGUACUGAAAAUGGUGUUAGAAACAAAGACAGAUUUUUGGAAUGCUUGGAAAGAUCUUCAAACAUGACAGUUCCUGUUGGACCCCUUGUUCAAGAAUGUGGCAACAGAAAGGAAGAUGUUCAUAUCAUGGAAUGGCUUGGAAAGAAGGAACCUGGUUCAGUUGUGUUAGUUUCCUUUGGAAGUGACCUUUUUAUUUCAAAGGAAGAUAUGGAGGAGAUAGCUAUGGGGCUAGAACUUAGCAAGAUUUGUUUUAUAUGGGCUGUGAGAUUUCAAGGUGGAUAUAACAUGUUUUAUUGGAAGGCUUUUCAAAGAGAUUUGAGGAGAGGGGUUUGA